AAGUGUCUCUACAACGUCAUUUGUCGCAGCACCAACUGCUCUAUGAAAAGAAUCAAACGGCAGAUGCCCAUUUUCACCGCGAGAAAGCUCAACACUAGGAUCAUUCGCAUUGCUGAACACCUCUUGGAACAAAUUCCGGGAGAGAUAGAUCGUGAUAAUAUCUAUCCGCAACGCCCUGAGCUGAUCAACAUUAUCUCCAGCCUCUCAUUGUCGCCAGACACUCCGGUGGAAUGGAAGGAGUACUAUUUGAAGCAGGUGAUCCACCCGGCCCUCAACGCCAUGACCCCAAAGGUCGCUGCUGAAGUCCUUCUCAAGAUCAUUUCAUGCCGAUCAAAGUGUCCUCUCAUUAUUAUCCAUUUGUGCGGACGAAUUGGCUGCACAAAGGACAUGACGAUCACUUCGCUGAACAUGGCUGCUGUCUUAUUGCGGAGGGAACAGGAAUGGAGAGCACAGGAAGGCCACCUGUUGAACUACCAACGUCGGGCUCUCGUCAACGUCAUAUCUAAACUACAUUUCUUGGUAGUGGAAGAGGUAGCGCAAGAGCGCCAUUUUGGACAGUACGGUCAGAGAACGGAUACGCCGACGCUGAUCAACUUGAUGGAGCCGCGGGCGGCUGCGCAGUGUCUCUACAGUAUCGUGGCUGAUCGGGCAGGUUGCACAUUGGCCGAAGUCGAAGACUUUGGUGUCAUUUCGCCGAUUAGAGACGUGGCAGAUGUAUUGGUGGGCAUUGCCAAGCGUAUUUUACAGAAAUUGAAUGAUGAAGACGAUCGUGUUGCUUUACACCGUUCGCGCUUGGUCUACAUAU